AUUUGAAUAACUAUAUUACAUCGCAUUAACACAUUCAUAGCAAUCAUUACAGAAUGGUGAUCAUUAUUACUUUUAAAAUGGCAUCUAAAUUAAAAUGCGGUUGAUUUGAUGUUGUAACUCUUUGACGACCCGUAGUUGGUAAAAAACAACUUCCGGCUGCUGUUGUUGUCAUGGCGGCGAUUCAAACUCUUAACCCUGGGCUAAAACUAAAAAAGUUAACCAUGUCCCGGACUUUAAUUAACAUUCAGUUAGCGACAUAGCUAAUUCAUCACUUUCUAUACACACUGUAAACAGGUUCGUUGUAAACGAUGGUCUGGUGGCUGAUGUCGGGAUUAACUUAAUCUUGUUCAAUUCAAAAGCGUAGUUAGCUUGCUAAUGCUAACGCCUACUUCAAGCAUUAACUGUAUAUAUUACUUGUUUUUUGUUUUGAUUGUGCCAAGUGGUUGUUUUGGCUGCAAUGACUGCACCGUUCUCGCACAGUGGUGCUACAAUUUCCGUAGGACAGCAAAGUCAAGGGAAAGACUGGGUUGUUUUAGGUUCAACCCGAGACGUCCACAGCCACAGCGGUUUAACCGACCAAACCAAGCUAUUGUUCAAUGAAGCCAUCCCGGCAAGUACGAGCAACCGAGCAACCCAUGUACGCCCGCCAGCCCCCAUCGUGAUAGAGAGACUGCUGCCGCUGUCAGUGGAGCGUGAGAAAGUGGAAAGUGCCAGAAGCUCCAUCAGCUUCACUACUCUCUCAGAGGAGAGACUGCAGGCUGCGAUUCAGCUGGCAAAGCGAGAUCUAAGACGAAGGCGCCUUGAGUCACUGACAAAAUCCCCUGCUAAACCCUCUCAGGAGGCCUCCCUCCUUGAAACAAGUGAUGUAGAGCUGCUCCAGGAGCUUGCAGCGACUCAGAAUAAGGCCAAGUUAAAGACCUCCAGUCCAAAAGAUAAAGUAAUUCGACCUGAUGCCAAAUCGUCGGUACACACACCCCGGAAGCAUCACAUUUCCCCCAUGCCUCGGAUUGGCAAGUCACCCCCAACAAGAGACCAUGGCCUGAGGCAAUUGGAAGGAGGCAAGCAGGCUCCCUUAAGCCGGGAGAUCUGCAAGCUGCAGAAUGAGCUGGAAGUGUAUAUUCAGAGAGUCGAAGAGCUCGGCAACAGAGGGGAGAAAAUGGAGGAUCCACUGGAGCCCGAAGAGCAAAACAAGUUAGAGAUACGCAGGCAGAAGCAGGCAGCCCGCUCAGCACGUGUCAUCUAUGUUCUCCAACAGCAGGUAAAGGAGAUACAAGAAGAUAUAGAGAAACUACGAAGCCAGAAAAUGUGGGAUGCCAAAAAGUCCAUGGCAAUAAACAGGCUUGCUGCUGCCCACCGCGGAACACUCAGGGCCUUACAGGUUGUUAUCCAUCAGCUUUCAGAUCUGUCUCAUGGAAAGAUACCCCCUUAUUACAGAGAGCUGGGCCAGCUGAUCCGCCAGCUCUCCUUGUGCUCAGCCAAGGUUGAAGUAGAGCAGGGGUCAGCUGUGCCUGAGGCGGCUCUCAACAUCCUGCAGAAACUAGAGACUUUGGAUUCAGCCCUCAGUAAACAAGAGCUGCUUGAAAAGAUGCAGGCCCAAGCAUGUCUGCCACAGAGAAAGUCUCCUCAUCGCAGCAUGUCGCCUCCUCGAGCACCCAAGGGUCCAGGCACCUCGACUGUUCAAGUUCCUCGCAAAACAGCAAAUCCCAAAAGAGGUGGCCGUGGUAGGAGAAUGGCCACACAGAACCCCAAAACUACUUCUCACCAGCCCCUGAACAGAAGGGAGGUGCUCAGGGCAGGGCUGCAGAGCCUUGCACAGCAGGAGCUCAGAGAGCUGCAGCGACGACCUCAGUCAAACACCACCUGCAGAAAAGGACGGGCUCUGCACUCUAAAAGAAGCAAGGCAGACAUAAUAAUGAAGCGUGAUCAGAUACAAGAAGCAGGUUUCCAGCAGCCUACAGUCUCCUCUCAGCUCAGAGUGAACCAGCUCCCUCAAAAAGAGCAGUCUGUGCCCUGGAUACCUACAUCCCCUCACUCUCCUCCACAGCGAUCCCCUCAAAGGAGAAGACCAGAGCCUCGAUGUCUCUUCUCUCCUGUGAAGCCGUCGUCCAGCCCUCCGAAGCAGACAGCGUCCGGUUGUUUGGGAGCAGAAGCGGCCUUGAGCUCGGAAAAGAAGAAACAAGCUCAGAAUGAAGCUUUAAGGAACGCCUGGGUGGAUAAGAUGACGAUGCAGAGACUGAAAGAGCUCAACCAGCUAAGUAAAGAAGAGGCUGAACGCAUUCAGAUUUUAAGGUCAAAAGUUGUCUCGCCAACUCAGUGGGCUGAGAGAGCUGAGCAGGAGGCCAGAGAGAGAAUUCAGCCCCUUCUGGAUGAAGCACAGCAGAUUGGUGAGUCCAGGAACAGGAUCAGCCCCUCGCUGAGGAAUCGGCUGUCUGAGCAGGCUGCAGAGAGGGCAGCAGAGAGUGCUGAGCAGCUGAGUGAGGCGCUGCUGGAAGAUCUGUUGGAGGACACUGCGCGGGUGGCGUGGGUGGCUGAGACAGACAGACAGUUGGAGGGCAUGGCCCAGUGUAGGCUGCAGGCCCCCACCCUGGAGAGUAUGCUGCUUCGUAUGGAGGAGAUACAGAAAGAUCAGGAGGAAGUAAGGAGACGAUUUGCUUCUAUAACCUACUCAGAUCCUCUUCACUGGGACAGACCUGGAGCAGCAGGACCCCAGUGCCAUGCUCCGGGCUCCAGGCCAGCUUCUCCUCAGCCAAUUAGACUCACAAGGCCAGUGCUGAGGCAGACCUCUGCGGCUGAUAUUGUCUUGGAGAAACCUGUGGAGACUGGACACAGCAUCCUCUCAGAGAACAGCCUGACAGAAGAGGCAUCCCAAGAUGAACAGCAGCCCAGACACAGCACCGUGUUCCCAGGCCCAGUGGAGAGAAAAAGGGGGGCUGUUAUCUCCGUGCCUGGCAGCAUGCUGAGAAACAUCCGACAGUACCGGGAAGACUACGAGGCCUACCUGCGUGUUGUGGCUCAUGAGGCUGUCGGCAGCUUCAACCCCUGGGCCAUCGCAGACAGUCUGGCAGAGGAGUUGCUGUCGGAGGCUCUGGCUGACGUGGCAGCAGAGUUUCAGGAUGUUGUGGAGGAGUACGCCGAGGCCGUCUUUACCUCAGAGUUUCUUCAGCCGGUCCAGUCACCUCCUGCUUCAUCUGCAGCUUUGGUCAGCUAAUGGAUGUUACAGCAUCAUGGAUGUAGCUUAUGUCUCUUAAAUGACUAUGAAUAAUAUGUAUUUAUUUUUGUGCAAAAUCUGCAUAAAACCAGCACAAAGGAUGUAAUUAUCAAAUAUCUAGGGGUGAUUUUUGUCAACCAAGAACAAUGAUUAUUCGUCAUUUUUCUCUAGUUUUACAGGCAGAUGUUUUAUUGUGGAAUGAAAUUCUUUCUUGUUCUUAUGUAUAUUGGUAAUUUACAAAGAUCUUUAUUUAAUUUGGUUUUGUUGAUAUUUUUUAAUGAAGCUGCAGUAGAUGAGAUUGUUGCAUUGCAUAGGGAGCAUUAACCGCAUUGUCUUUAUGGUCCAUCUAGAUCUGUGAAUGAAUUCCACUGGGAAAGUUAGUUUAGUUUAGAUAAGCUUGGAGAGACCAUUACGACAUUACAGAGGAUUAUAAGAUUACCGCCCUCCCGUUGCACUUGGUUUAAAUCUCCCUGAGGAUUACUCACACUUUCUAUUUUCACGUUGGAAUAUGGAAAUAAAUUAAUUGCAUACAGUCAACACCAAAAUGAUGUAGGAAGCCAAGGGCAUCAUGUGUUUAAUCUAUGUAGCUUUGCUUUAAUGUCUAAAUAAAGGGUCUAGACAAGCAGAUGUUAUCCCAGUAAGUUAUGGCCACUAUGAGGAGAAUAAUGUGUGUGGAUAAAGAGUCUGUUCUCUUUAGUUUUAAAUUGCUUUAGCACUAUUUUAUAAUGAUUUUUAAAGUGCUUCCCUUUAUUCUACUUUUUUCCCCACAGCGCAAAAUAAAAAAUGACCAUUGGUUUUUUUAAACUGUUCCUCCUGACCAACUGCUUCCUGCAUAAUAACGGUGAAAAGUUUCAAUUCUUAAUGCAAAAUAAACAGGACGGGUUUGGCAGACCAAGAAAAUGUCUGAGUCCCUUGAGAGCAACAUGAAAGCCAUGCAGACAGAACAGAGGGGACACAUCCAGAUGUUGCGUUGGCCUGUGGGGACCAGCCUUUGACAGGGGACAUACAGUGACUGAAUGAAUUAGUUCACAUUGAAUCAGCUGCCUCUAUUUUCUCUCAGGCUGGCUUCUGCGUGGGCGUCUGAAUACGUGCAGGCCCAAGCUCCGUUUCUUCAUUUCAAUUCAGGGCAAAUAGAAAUCAGUCAGCUCAAAGUGAGGGGAGUGUUGCUGUCUUCACACUGACGUACAGAACUGCGGUUGUUCUGACGUUAGCGAUUGGAGACAAUCAACAUGAAAAGCUUCUGUUCAUUUUCAGCUAGCUUCUAGUUAUUUCUCAUUGCUAUGGUUCAGAAAAUUCAAACAUGACUGCCGAGGGACUUUGAAAAGAUAAUAUAUUUUAAUUUCUGCCGCCUCAACAGGCACCACUUACCAUUUGACUGUGAGAAAACCGGAGAAUGAGCUUCCUACUUUAAAAUAUGUAUUUCUGUAUGUACCUUGAACAUCUGUCACAUAAGCACCAGCAUUCACAAACAGAUGCUACUGUGAAUUGACUAGAAUGAGCACUGGUUUGCACAUUAUUAUAAUUUCCAGUGGUCAGAGAGGUUUGACCUUGCCACCAGUCAGCACUGACUCAUCGUCAGAGCUAAUUUCAGAAUAAGUGAGGACUCGGGUAGUGCAAUAUAUUCAUAAUGCAUUCGAGAGGGGGCUUUUUGUACAGGUGCUUCAAGGCUGCUUUGUGAUAUCUGGGCUGCUUAUGUAACAUCUUCAGCUUUUGCCCUGAACUUAAACCAGAUGGAUAUUAAAUCGUAUUGCUUAUUACUCAUGUUUGCUCUUCUCCAAGGAUAUUCUGUUGGAGCUGAACUAUGGAAGAGAUCAUUUCUACUGACAUCACUGAGCGAUAUGUCAUGCAAAUACUGGCAUUGUUUGCAUUUUAAACCUUCAGAAAGUUCUUUUCAGUCAAAUUAUUUCUCAGGCUUCAUUUGCUGUCUGAGAUCUCAUAAGAUACCUCUGACUGCUAGGCAGCUCGAGACUUUUUGCAUCAUUAAAUCAGUCACAGCUUUGCUUUUUGGGGAUAAUAAACAGUCUCCGAACCAGCAGAUAGUUAUGAAACAAGUAACAAAGCAGAAUCCCUGCAAGUAAAUUCACACUGAUGGAUUGUGAGACUGGAGACAAUCUGAUGUGAGUCUGAAGUACAGUGGAUGGAGAUAUAUAGAAAAACCUUUUUUUUUAUUACAGUGUUAGAUACAAUAGAAAAUAGACUCUGGCACAGUUCAGCAGGAUGAGCAGCUUGACCUUUUCCAUCACUGGUACAUUACUCAUUCACUUAUUUAACUCCACUCUUCAACAAUCAUUGCAGGGAACAGUAUGAGCCACUUACAGUUUACUCAACAAGCCUCAGUUGUUUAUGUAAUGGUUAGUGAUUGAAGCAUCAUGAGAAGAAAUGCACUUCUUGCUAAUCAAAUGUAAAAGAAAUUGAGAUGAAAAAUGUUCUCUGAUUUUAUGUUUGAUCAAAAAAUGGAAGAAGUACUUGUAUCCUUCAGUAGAAAUAAAGUCGAUUUUAAUUAAAAGACACACACUUACACAAGCGUUCAAAAGUUUGGGGGUCACCCAGAAAAUGUCUGUGUUGUUUUUCAUGAAAACAAACUGUUUUAAUCAUGAAAUGAGUUACAAAAUGAAUCGGAAAAUAUAGUAAAGACAUUGACAAGCGUAGAAAUAACAUUUUAACCUGUACAAAUCUCCAACUUUACAUCUAGAUACUCAACCAGCCUGAGGAAAAGAACAAAAAUAUGAAUACCAAAAGUAAACUUACUUAUUAUGCAGAACAGCACAUCUUUAUUUAUUUGCAUAUACUCUAUGUAUUGCUUAACAUACUGCCGGUUAAUCUGAAUCUGCUAUCUAACUAAAGCUGUCAAAUAAAGUGGAUCGAUAUGUAAAGUAGCAGAAAAUACAGUUACUUUCCAUCACUGAAUAGAAAUGCUAAUAUCAUGUACAAGUUCCUCAAAAAUAUCCUCGAGCAAAUGUACUUUUCACUGUUCUAUUUGAAGAUAUUAACAAACAUUUAAAAUGUAAUUAUAAAGCUUUAUGUUGAAGAAUUUAAAGGAUUAUUUGUCACAGGUAUUAUGUGCAGUGAAAUGCAAUAUGAUCUGCUGAAGUCAUGUUAAAUA